ACGAAUCUUAUAUUCGCAUCUCUGCAACAGCGGCCAGGACGAUUCGGGACGAAGUUGCGUGCAGAAGCACGGAAGAUGAGAGUCUUAAGGUAAAGGUAGUACUAGAUGAUUGCCUAUCACCGUCUCAAAAACGACUACGAGAUCUUCUCUUUAUACACUGCUGGUACGUAGGACGCCUCUUCUGCUCUAUACUUUCGUUGGGAGCAGCUGCUUACUUCAUAUUGAGAUCGCGCUUCUGUUGGCUUGGUAGUGCAGAAGGUCCUUCAUGAUUUGUGCUCGAUCAGACAUUCGCCUCUAACUCUAAGAUGAAAGAGAAAUAUGCGUCACAGUAUUUGAACUUCUACAUACUUUCGUUAGGAGCUUACUUCAUAUUGAGAUCUAAGUCUAAGAUGAAAGAGAAAACGUUACAAUUCUUGAACUUCGAUGCACAAAGAAGAUGAUUACCACUGCCAAACUCACUAAUCAUUUUGUUCCUUUUGAGCUUCCUUGCAGUUACUAGUUUCUUCUUCUCCAUCCGUGUUUCUAAUCAUGCAAGAAGGAGAGAGGCCAUGAUCUACGUGAAGAAACCCGCCCCUCCCUUGGGUAGGAACCUCGACGUCGAGGAAACUGCUAUCGAGUCUCCAACCACGGUCUUCCAAGCGCUCCGAACGUGGCUAGACCUAAUGGAGCAGAUAGUAAGGACUGAACUUCCUUGUCAGCGGAUUGGUGGUGGAUAACAAUUAGUAAGGACUGAAAACUUCCUCGUCAGCGGAUUGGUGGUGGGUGGCGCUUGGUGGCAGGCGGCUGUCGCGAUAUGCAGUAUAGGAUAGAAACGUCGUAUCUUUAGCAAUUCUUCAUAAGGCCGUAGGAAUUCGUCUUGAUGAGUUUCAAGAAACACGGCCAGAACUUCGGAAAAGGCGCCUAUAUACCUCCAGAUUAUGUCUACUUGUUGUAUUAAACUGACCUUCUAUAUAAUUUUUUAAAAGCGUCAAUUGAGAAAUGUCAGCAACAAGGCUGUCGAUGUGUGUCUAUUCUCCUCUUGAUGGCCUGCAGAUUCUGAAUAUGAAAGGACUUUAGCAAGUUGUUAUAAAGAAAAAUGGAGUUCGAUUUUUGAUGAUAGAGAACCGGCCCCGCGAAUGGGUAAACCCCUACUACUAAGCUUUAUUUCCCUAAGAAAAAUGGAGUUCGAUUUUUGAUGAUCAUAGAGAACCGACCCCGCGAAUGGGUAAACCCCUACUACUAAGCUUUAUUUCCCAUUUCUAGUGAACAUAAUGACCGCAAGUUUUCCCCUCUCAUUGUCCUUGUAACAGAGACUCUUUUGAAUAAAUCGUGAAUCGUGGGACGACACCGAC